UUUUUCUGAGAAGCACAUCACGCAUUUAUUAGCCAUCUGCCUGUUGUCAUACCGUUUGCUCCUCUCCCGAUCUGUCCACGAGGCCAAGCUUCUCAGCCAUGGCUGCCGCCACGACCUCCAUGACUCUCAGGUCCUCGUUCAUCGGUGCGCCAGGCAUCGAGAAGUUUCCUCGCCAAGCCAUUCGUAUGGUUUCCAUCGCACCGGCUGUGAGGAGGCCGGCAUCUUUCAAGGUGAUGGCAGUGUCGAAGAAGGCUGUCGCCGUUCUGAAGGGUACCGCUGGAGUUGAGGGCGUGGUCAGCCUGGUUCAAGAGGAUGACGGCCCCACGACCGUGUCUCUCAAGAUUACUGGCCUCGCUCCUGGCAAGCAUGGCUUCCACUUGCACGAGUUUGGCGACACCACCAACGGCUGCAUGUCGACAGGCCCACACUUCAACCCUAAGGGCCUGACGCACGGUGCGCCUGGUGACGAGGUUCGCCAUGCGGGUGACCUCGGGAAUGUGGUUGCCAACGCGGAGGGCGUGGCUGAAGCAACCAUUGUUGACUCUCAGAUCCCUCUUGCCGGACCGAACUCGGUUGUGGGACGUGCGUUUGUCAUCCACGAGGGAGAGGACGACCUUGGCAAGGGUGGACACGAACUGAGCAGCACCACUGGAAAUGCUGGUGGCCGUCUUGCAUGCGGUGUGGUUGGCCUGACUCCCCUGUAAAUUUUAUGGCCGUUAGUCCACAACUAGCAUGAACUACCGUAUGUUAGUUGUCCAGUGGAAUGUGUCAAAUCAUCGGUUUUUCACCUUGAAAGAGGAUCUUCAAGAUGUGAAGUUUAAUAUUAAAAGUCUGCAACCAACCCUAAGACAAAGUACGCACUAUGUGACUUUUAGUCUACUCCCCAACUAAGCAGUUCCUGAU